CAGCGGAGUUCCUGAUGUUAUCACUCUGUAGCUCAUCUAUGACCGGCAGUUAUCGUCUGACGUAAACUUAAAAUGUACAUGGUUAGGGGUUUUAAAAAAUGUGGAAAAACCGCUCAAACUCUACGUAUACACGUCUUUUACAGAUCAAAGUAACAUAAAAGGCCAUGUCAUAGCACCUUUCACCCUUGAAACACAAAUGCGUAAAUCUAGGUUGACAAGGUGUUCGUUGCACUAGCGAACAGGGAGAUGACGCUGUCAUAAGCGGGCUAGCCGGUAUGACUCUGAGCUGAAAGGAGGGUAAACUAACGAGGACAGACGUCAACGCAGCUACACCGCGCUCUUAGUCAUGGGGGAAGCGGUGAUGCGCUUCUCCAAAACCCGCGAUCCUGAAGAUGACCAUCUUCCUUCUGCAGAGGAAACGCGUUGGCUUUCUUUCAUCAGCCGGGCACUUUUCAUGAAAGGACUGCUCUCAUUGUCACGGAAUGAUUCGCACGUACACCAGCUGUCCCGGAGAGAGCAGAGAACCGCAGUGGCGUGAAUGCGACCGGAGAGCGGCUGGAAUAUGUCCGCAGGAGGACUGACAGCGCAGGACCUCCCCCUGCCACCAGAGGCCGCCCUGCUGCAGGCGCACUGCUGCCAGACCACGGCCGGUGCCACGCCCUGCUGGGGCCAGCAGCCAGAGCUGGACAGCUCGUACUUCAGCCUGGAGCCCAUGUCCCUGGAGCACAGUCUCAGAUCUCACCAGCAGGUCCCAGCUUCAGCGUCCGAGAGGCAGCUUUCUCACCCCCACCCCCCGCACAGCCCUGGAGCUCAGCGCCUGCCUCCUAAGAAGCCCCGUCCCUCCCAGCUGACCCUGUCAUCCAGUCAUGACCCCUCCACCCCCAGCCCGCCCGGGGACGACCAGGUGGUCCCCUCCUUCCAGCGGCUGUCCGUGUAUGAACGCACACCGCCGCACACACCCCCACGCACCCCCAGCAGGAGCGGCAGGCCUCGGCCCCCCCUGCCUGGCUUUGCGGAGCUCGUCCCGGAGCGGGGUGUGGAGGACGAGGCUGAUUUCUUCAGUGGUGCGGAGGAGAGCCGGCGGCUGGUGCCGGAGCUGUGCCCCAAACCGCCCGCCCUGCGCCCCAGCAUCCCUGCCCGCCGCAGCUUCAGGGGCUGUGGCCAGGUCAACUACGCCUACCUUGAGAGUUUGGGUGGGGCGCGGGUCCCUGCCCAAAGCCAGGAGGAGAGGGGUGAGCAGCAGGAGCAGCGGCGGGAGGAGCGGACGGCCCCCCCGCCGAGGGAACGGGCCCCCUGCCGACUGCGCCGCUCCCACUCCGGCCCCGCCCUACGCCCGCCCCGCCCCCACCCCGCCCAGGACAAGCCGCAAGUGCCCCCCCGCGUCCCCAUCCCCCCACGCACGCCCAGGCCGACCGACCCCCCCCGCCGCUGGUCCGCGGAGGUGUCCUCAGGGGGUCACGGCGGCGUGGACAGGCCCCCCAGAGUCCCCCCCCGCGAGCGGCUGGCCUCGCACCCCUGCUCCCCCAACCCAAAAAGCCUCCCCACCUACCUGAAUGGGGUGAUGCCUCCCACACAGAGCUUCGCCCCGGACCCCAACUACGUGAGCCGGCCACCGCAGCGGCAGCAGAGUGAGGGGUCGCCCUGCAUCCUGCCCAUCAUGGAGCAGGGCCGGAAGGCCAGCACCACCCACUACUUCCUGCUGCCGCAGCGCCCCGCCUACCUGGACAGACUGGAGCGCUUCCUGCGGGGGGCAGAGUGCGCCUCCGACUGGGACAGGAGGCCCCAGGCCGACCUGGUGUAGAGAGACGCUCACAGGUCCGAAACUCCGAGCCUCAGGGCCUCAGAACCGCAGGCAGGAAGUUCCAUGGUAGCGGCUCCUGGGCAGUAAGGUCUGAGACUCAGAACUGCAGAUGUAACGCUAACGUUAACACUGCGCUAACCGCUCCUGGGCGGGCAUGGCCUCAGGACCUGACCGCUACAGAGCCUCACUGCGGCUUUACCGCCAUUACUGUGGGACCAGUGCUCACUGGGUGCUCGCAGGCAGGGGAAACCCCGCCCCGGCUGCUGCUUCUGCACGCUCUUACCCUCACACUGAAGGAGGAUGCGCUGUGUGAUGCUCGGUACCUCGUCUCCAUGGUGAGAAACGUGAGCAUCAUUACAGACGUACCGCUGUCUGUGGGAAAUGCUGUGGACUCCGAACAAUAAUUUUAUUGUAUUAUUUUAAUUGUAAUUAUUAUUUUAUUGCUGUUUUGGAAGGUGUCUGUGUUGCUGUUGUGCUGUGGGUGUGAUGUGGUCUUGGUAUGAGCUGGCCUUCUACCGCAUGUCUCUGACUCCAUGGUGUUCAUGCUUCUAAUGCAGAGUACUGUGGCUGCCCCACUGUUGGGUGUCAGUGGGGUUUUUUCUGUAGAUAUUGAUGCAUGUCUCAUACUGUGAGAGAAGUCACAGAGUUAAGAGCCUUUUCUUAUUAUAAGCAUCAUUAUUUAUUUACAUAGGAGAGUGACUUAUUCCACUGACAUUUUACAUAAAAUUUCCCUUUAUACAGAUAUAUAUAUAUACACACACACAUAUAUAUUUAUUAAAGCCGUCCAGGUUAAGCAUCUUGCCGAUGUGUACGAUGACAGUUUUAUAUACUUGUGGAGGUGAAACUAGAGACCAAGACAUGCAAGAAUUGUAUGAAGGAUGUAUCCAUCUAAAUCACAACCUUUAUUUAUAUGUACAAUGAAUAUGAAGAUAAAGAUGACUAAUUUAGUUUUACUUGCUUGUUCAUUGAAUUCAGUUCUGAACUCGGUGAAGCGGUCUGUCUGUGUCUGUGUGUGUGGGUGAGUGUGUGUGUGCGUGCGUGCGUGUGUUGUGAGGGUAAUGUAUGUGUAAUGUAAUGCUGCAUAUGCUGCAACAUGUAUUUCCAUGUAUGUAGUUCCAUACCUGCUGCGACAUCUGGUUGAGUCAGAUGUUUAUGCCUUGUCUGUGAUGCUUCACUUCACUGUGCUUAGAGAUUUCUGAAACAAGCAAUGCUGCUCCAUCCACUUCACUAAAGAAUAUGAAGGUGUUUUUUUUAAAUUAUGCAUUAUCCUGUUGUAUACAUGUAAAUGUGCACAUUUUUUUGUGAAGCUGUUCACUUCAGUCAAACCAUAACACUGAACCUGAAAUGAUGUCUCGCAUAAUACGACAUUCCAUCUAAUAUUGGAGAUCUUGAUUUAGAUUAGUGGAGAGCAUGCCAUAUUCACUACAAAUCCAGAAUUCCUUCAUCUUAAACCUCUCCCAAAGCUUAGAAAUUCUGAGGCUGAUAUUAAUAGACUUUUUAGUAAAAUGGCUAAAUGUAAAACUUUAUUCAAGCUUCUCCUGGAGUUAUUUGAAUGUUUACUGAUUUUAAAAUACAGUUAAACUGUAUGUGUUACUGAACCGAGAGGUGUAUGAAGACAUUUUAACAGCUAAGGUAUAUGUAGCCGCAGGGGAGCAAUGUGGCAUAGUGAUAAGGAACAG